AUGGAAUAUUUUAACCAUGGAAUAUUUUCUUUUUCAAAAAGACAAGUAGAUGGAAGAAAAAUCAAUGUCAGGAAUUCUGGCAGAUCUGAGGAAAACUUACAAACAGGAAAAUGUCAAAGAAGAAAUGUGCUGACACAUUUUCUGUCGCUUAAGAUAUGCGCUGCGCUGUCAUUCGUCGUUAUUUGUGUCAUACUGCAGAUUUUCCAAUUAUACAAGGAUAAUGGAGAGAUAAGGUACGGAUUCAAUUUUGGAAAUAUCCAUGGAAGAAAUUUAUCACAAAAUAAUGCGAAUAAUCGACCAGGAGGCAAACGUUGGAAUACGGAGAGAAAUCACAAGGACAAGGAAACAUUCUUAAAUUCGCCUCAUGUGGAGGGAAAAGGAAAAAGCGGUCGUUGUAGAUAUGAAGAACUAGAAACAGUUUUAGGUGGGUCCUAUGAUUUCAAUGGAAGUGAUAAUAUAACGUAUUAUGUUUCAUUACCUGAAGACGACUCACAAGAGGAUUCCGAGGACGAAUGGGAAACAGAAUCAGAAGGAGGCGAACCUGAUGCAUUAGGGGAAGAGUUUGAAGAUUUUGAUGAAGAGUAUGUCGGUGAUGACGUCUAUUAUGAGGAAAUUGAGAUAUUAAGCAGUCAAAAGGAUGUUUCUAGUUCUGCAAAGACAAAGAAAUGGGACGAAACAGAAUUUAUACCCUUGGACAUUGAUGAAUCGCUUGCUGAGGAUUCAGAUGCAGAUUCUGAAACGAAAGAAAUGUUAACUGAAGAAGAAUUAUAUAGAAGGAUUAAAGGAUUAAGGGGCAAUUUGGAUGGAGCUGAAUUGCUUUAUUUAUGGAAUAGCUUCGAAGAAAUUGAAAAUAGUAAACUUGAAGAUAUGCAAAGACAACUAUGGGAGUUGUGUGAAUUAUUAGGCAUUGAAUAUAAUAUUCCAGAAGAUGCUUUAUUAAAGCAAUGGAAAAGAAUUGUGGAUUUUUCAUCCGAUGAAUUAAUGAAAAUGACUGUUAGGGAUUAUAGAGAUUUUAAAAAGUUUCUUAAUGAGGGAUUGAAGAAUAAUGUGGAUUUUGUUUACUUUCUGAAUUCUAAAAGGGGAAAGUGGGUCGAUUUCCGAUGCAAAACAAAAAAUGUCUGGAAAAAAUGUAUUGAUAACAUUUUUAAAAAUUAUUAUAAGUAG